AUGAAAGGAGGCCUUUUAUACGAGCGGUAAGCAGUUCUCAGAGGCUGGUAUGCAGGCUACAUCUGAUCCUCCUCAGCUCGCUGGAGGAACAGAAGACACUUCAGUGCUGGGUCAUGGAUCAUCAUGCGUCAGGCCAACAAAGUCAUCACAGCCACGCAGCACAUUUCCAGUGGCUUUCCUUUGCGUACCAGAGCCUCACAGAGAUCCCUUAUGAAACCAUCCUGACCCAGACAGACAGCCUGCAGGUGCUGGACCUGAGCUACAACCUGCUGGAGGAGAACCCGGCUCUGCUGGGCCGCCUGGAGAAGCUCAGCACUCUGAUCCUGGACUGCAACAACUACACGUCUCAUGUCAAGUUCCCCUACAUGCCAAGUGUCACCACGGUGUGCAUCAACAAGAACAAGAUCAACAACCUGCCUGUUUUUGUGGAGGAGAUCUGGAGAAAGUUCCCCAACAUCAGGAUCCUUAGCAUGAUGAACAACGAGGCAGCGCCCAGCUACUUCAACGGAGGCAGUCUGACUCAGUACACAGACUACAGGUGA